AUGAUCUAAAUUUCUUCUCCAAGGAACGACUAAGUUUCAUUGUACAUAUUUAUAAUAAUUUAGAAAAACAAUCUCAGAAAAAUCUAAGAAAAACAAAUUAAACUAUCCAUUUUAACCUAAUGACAUCAGCUCAGCCUUUGAAAUAAACUCUUUAUCUUUUGAUUAAAGCGAAUUAGAAUCUAAUAAACCAUAAAGGAAUACUCUAUAAUAAAUGAAAGUAUAAUAAUAAUAAUUCAGUUGUCAACCCAUCAAUAAUACAAAAAAAUAUUGUUAUAAUUCUGAUAUUAUAUAAUAACAGAAGAAGGAUUUAGUUUAGUAAUAUGCUAAGACAUUAAAUAGCAUAUUCUUGCAAGAUAAUAAUAAUACCACUUCCAUUAUAUUGUAGUAAUUGAUAAAUAAAAAUUUAUCUGAUGCGUAAUUUGCUAAAUAGCAGGAUAAAAAGAAAAAGAUUUAAUUUAAUGAAAAUUCACUAUAUAAAUUAUUACAAGUAUUUAUCCUACUACUAAUUGGCAUUAUGAGCCCAACUUAAAUGGUACUUGAAAACACUUCAUUUAUAAUAUAUGGAAACAUGUUUUAAAUUACUCUCUUAAUAUCUUUGAUAAUGUUACAUUUAUUUCUAAAAAGUAAAUUAAUAGCGUCUGACAAAAACAAAACAAAAAACUUUAUAAUUUAUUUAGCUUAAAAUCUCUUUUAUGAGAUAUUUAUAUUAUUGUUAUCGAUAAUCUUAUUUCUAAUCCAUAUAUUACAAUUAAAAAAGCUGGAAGUAAUAAAUAUUAUGUAAAUAAUUGCUUGCAUUAUUUGUUUAGUUAAAAAUGUUUCAUUAUCAAAUCAUUCUACACAAGCAGGAUUAAAAAUUUUAUUAGGAAAUUUUAUUUUUUUCCACCUAUUAGAAUGUUAUAAACUUAGUCUAAUAUAUCAAUAAUCUCUUAAUUUAUAGUCCUUUUUUAGAAAUUAUAUUUUGAUCUUAGUAUAAUGUAAUAGAGUUUAAGAAAGUGGAGAUAAUAUUGGUCUAGCUUUAUUGGAGAUAGUUAAAUUAAUCUUUAAUUAUGUUUUAUUCUUUUAAAUCUUCAUUUAUCUAUUAAAUUUAUGGAAUACUUAUUUUAGCAUAGAUUAUCUAUUGGUUAACAAACAUAAAUAAUACGAGAAAUUGAUGAGAGACUUAUAAAUUGAUUCAGAAAUGUCAAAUAAGAUUUUGAAAUAAAGUAAGAGUUAUGAAUUAGAGGACAUCAAGUAUUUAUCAUUGUUUGAUCAAAUUAUAUCAAAUUAAUAUUUUCUUUUAUAAUUGAGAAGACUGUUAUUUUAAUAAUCAUAAUUAUUUGAAUAAUUUUCUAAUUAAUCAAAAGAUUAACUUAUUUAAUUUAUGGAACUACAUUUAAUACAUCCAUAAUAAAUUAUUUCAUGUGAUAAUCUAAAUGAAGAGUAAUCUAUUUAUUUCUUGAUACAUGGUACAAUAGAUAUUGGAAUUUAAAAUAAUUAAAAUUUUAAUUUCGAAAAAAUUGAAGAAUUAUAAUAAGGUUAACAUUUUGGAUAAUUAACGUUUUUUACAGGUUAAAAAGAUUAUCUUUCUUACAAAAGUAAUCAUUAUGCACUUAUAUUCAAAUUAAAAAGAUAGAAUAUGUUAAAAUGUUUAGAAACUAAUCUACUUGACAAGGAGAUACUAUCAAUAAUAAUAAAUUAAGUUAUUAAUAAAUAAAAUUAUUCUUUAUUAAAAUUGUAAUGUCAAUGUUGUAAUUCAACUCAUCAUAUUUUAAGUAAUUGUCCAUAAUUACACAUGUUUGUUGAUAAAAAUGAAAUAAUAUCUACAUAUCUAUCCCCAAAAAAUUAAGAAAGACUAAAAUGUAUUAAUAUAAUUAAUUUAGAUAUAAGAUAUUAAAAUAAAAAAAAGAGUAACAUUUUAAAAUUUAAGUUGCCUAAAAGUAUUUUGACAAGAUCUGAUGCUUCAAGGAAUAUAUAAAAAAAGUAAAAUAAUAAUACAUAAAAUGGUGAAAGGAAGAGUUCAGCAUUUAAUUUUGAUAAUAACAGUAAUUAUUUUUAUUAACAUAGGUGAUAUUCCUAAGGAAUUUACAAGUGAAAAAAUAUUAGAAUAGCAAAUAUUAUAACAUUAGUUAAAUUCUAUUAACAGUGAACAUGUUAUUUAAGAAUUUUAGAAUGAUACUUAAAAGAAAAGCAAACUAUUUGUUGCUUUAGAAUAGAAUAUAGAACACAACUAAUAGAUGGAUAUUAAUAUAGGAACAUUGAAUCUAGAUUGUUAAGAUGUUUUAAUUAAUCCCUAUUAAUAUAUAAUUACAGAUAGCAAACCUUAUUUGGAUGAAUGUGAAUCAAGCAAUAUGAUUAACAACUUAAAUAGCUACAAAUCUAGGCAGAUGUCAGGAACAAAUAUGAACUCCAUGCCACACCAUUAGUUUAUAUCUUUAACUGGAUAAGUAUUAUAUAUAUUAAGUAUGUACUAGGUGACAUCUAUUUUAAACAAUGAAUUUUAUAAUUAAUUUACAAAUUUAAAUAUUGAUAAGUGGUAAAAUUACAGUUAUUUUGAUGCUGAAUAUAAUUUAUAUAACAUAGUAUAAAAGAUAUCAUAGUAGAAAAAGGAUUAAAAUUUAUUAAAGUAAACUUAAGAUUACAAUAUGAGUAUAAGGAUAGAAAAAUUGAUAAUAUAGGAUGAUGAUUGA